AUGGCUUUCAAGCUCUUGCCCUUCCUGGCUCUCACAUCGUUUUACAUAUUCCUUACCUCGUUUGUGUCGUUUUCUGUGGCAGUGCGCCAUCGUCAGCAUGGAAGAGCUCACGUUCCUCCAGAAACCGUCUGCCACAACACACAACACCCUUCUUAUUGCAAACAUGUUAUUGCUCAUCACCACGGCAACAACGUCUAUGACUAUGGACGUAUCUCUUUUAGGAAAUCCUUAUCUCACAGCCACAAGUUCCUCAACUUAGUCGACUCCUAUCUUCUGUCUCCCUCCUAUUUGUCUCAGUCUACAAUUCGAGCUCUUGAAGAUUGUCAAUCCCUCUCUCAACUAACCUAUGAAUUCUUGUCGACUUCCUACCCCACCGUCAAUCGAUCCAGCUAUGUUCUUCCCUAUUCUCAAGCCGACGAUAUUCAAACUAUGCUCAGUGCCGUUCUCACAAACCAACAGACUUGUUUGGAUGGCCUUCAGACGACGGCUUCAGAUCCAAAAGUGAAGGACGAUCUUUCCGUCCCACUCUUGAACGACACUAACCUUCACAGUGUCUCUCUUGCUCUGUUCGUGAAGGGCUGGGUCCCUAAAAAGAAGAACAGACCGUCAUCGCACGAAGACACGGGAGGAAAUUGCUCCAGACUCUGA